AUGGAAGAGCAAAAAAAGAAGGCUGCUAGAUUUACUGACGUUAAGCGGGAGGACGAUUCGCGAAGGUUGUUGCUGGUGGAUUCGGAUUUUCAGAAUGCGCUAUCUGUGGAGACUAUUUACCUAUCGUUGUAUAUAAACCUGCCCUACACAAUCUCUCGGCCUCAGCACUUCUGUACAGCAAUGUCUUCUCAACACGACUGCUCCAAGCAUGAUGAACAUCAUCACGACAAGCACGAUGAACACCACGAGGGAACUCACACCCAUAAUCAAACUUCGGCCCAUGGUCAUGUUCAUGACAACUCUCACCAAAGCGACGCUCACACACAAGCUCAUACUCACGACAGCAAAUGCAGCCACCAACUUCAGGAUAAAGAUCAUCACGAACAUCACUGAUAUUCAAUAAUUUAACUAAUGAAGAUAACUCUUUGCUUGGUAAACAACACAUCAAAGUCUUACCUAAUAAAUAGAAGCUGUAGCUGCAAUUGUUAAUAUUAGUAUGUCGAGC